GUAUUGCUAUUUCAACUGGAGCGAAACUGCACUGUACCUAGUCUAGCGGCUUACGUUUUAAAACUUGAAACUUAUUUACGUAUGGCCGAAAUCCCGUAUAAAAAUGAUCAUAGCUUUACUUUAUCCAGUAAAGGUAAAGUUCCUUGGAUUAUUGUUAACGGCAAAGAAGUUACGGAUUCAUCAUUUUGUAUUGAAUACUUGAGUCAGGAAUUUGAUAAAGACCUGGAUAAAGGCUUGAAUGAAGAAAGUAAAGCUGUUGGUCGAAUGUUAACCAAAACGAUGGAAGAGAAUACGUUUUGGGCCACCAUUGAACAAGCCAGACUCUAUGAUGGCUUAGACGAAUGGUUGGAUCUUGUAGAUGUCAACUCGUCAAUGCGAUCCUUCUUCAAAAAUCAAGGCCCAAAAAUCGUGAAAGAAUAUAGUUGGGGACAUGGCAUAGGAAGGCAUUCCUCGCAAGAAAUACAUCAUAUAGGUGAAUUGGACCUACGAUCCUUUUCAGUCAUUCUUGGCUCUAAGAAAUACUUCCUUGCUGAUUAUCCCACUACGGUUGAUGCAUGCAUGUUUGGAUUUUUGGCAAAUAUGCUAUAUGCUGUACCCAAAUCGUCCCCAUGCUAUCGUUUGUUAACUACGGAAUUGACAAAUCUUGUGGAUUAUGUAGAAAGAAUGAAAGCAAAGUAUUGGCCAGAUUGGGAAGAAAUCACCAGC